CGAAAGGAAAUCGACACAAAUAUUAAACAUAAACACAUGUUAUUCGUUUUGAGAAGAAUAAAAAUAUUUAAAAUACAAGAUUUCACCACAAUUUGGAAGAAAUUUUAACAAAGGAAUUAGUUUUCUUUAGUGUCCGGUGGUAUAAAAGUCAUGUCCAACUGCGUGUUCUGCGCAGAGGCGAGUGUCGCCACGACGGCGACGUCCACAACGAUGGAGGCGUUUCCAUUUCUCUGCGCCCAAGUCGGCGUUUCGCCAACGAGGGCGGCGACGACGACGGGGGGUCGACAAGCUCCGGCGGCGUUGUGUUCGACGUGUCACGCGCUGUGGGAGGAGGUGACCCUGCUGUACGCGAACAUGCAGGGGAUCCUCAACCUCAUGGGGAGAAGGGUCACCUCACUCAAACAAAGGGCCAAGGGUGGAUGCAAAAAUGAUCGUCAGACGCGACAGAAAGAGAAACAAGGCCGAAUUCGUGCUGCUUCACCAUCCAGGCCGGAAGUCAUGAUGAACUGGUGGUACCCACAGGCCUCUCAGCCCGCGGGGAACAAUAAUCAUACACAAAUUCACCACAAUUCUGUCGCCCCCACAAUUGAGGAAUCCAAUCCAGACGUUAAAUUGGAGUGUGACGAUGACAUUGAUUGUCUCGAUCUCGGAGAGGACAUGGACUUGGAGGACGUCGAAAUUAUGCCGGAUCCUCGGCACCAGAAUGACGAUGAUGAUGACGACGGCGACGACCUAAAUGACCCAAAUUAUGACCCGAGAGGGGAUGAUGAAGCCUCCAACUCGCGAAGCGAGGCGGGAAAAUCGAAAACGACCCCACGCCAACAACUAACCCCGCAAGAUUAUCCCCCCAUCGAAACUCUCGUCUCGGAGAAGGGCCGGCCCAUGGUUUUGAUGAACGACUUCCUGUACAACUUUCGCAGCACUUCGGCCACGCUGGGAAAAUCGGUGUGGGAAUGUAAAGCGAAAAAAUGCGGGGUUCGUCUCCACACCACGGAUGACCCGGUAAAUCCGAAAUUCUUUUACGAAGUCAACUCCCACAAUCACACCCCCAUCGAGGGAGGAGUUUUGAUGAAGAAGGUGAUGAGCAAAAUUCGCAUGGCGGCGCUAACGACGACGGAUUCUCCGCAGGAAAUUAUUGCCCAGUUUAGGGCUGAGUUGGACGCCGCGUAUAAGAAGAAUGGGAGGAAAGUGAUGACGGAAAAUAUUAGGAGAAAUAUUCGCAGGAUUAGGAAAGACCGGGAUAAUAACGUUACAGUGGAGGGAUCGAUGAUAAGCUAAUAAUUAGUGUAAUUUAAUUGAGUAAUUAAAUAUGUACAUACAAAAAUAUCGAUGUUAAUUAAUUAACAGGAACCAUAUAUGUAAAUAUGGUAAAUAUUUUUAUGUAUUUGGCGAAUAUUGUAACUUGUAGUUUAUGAGUUAAACUUAUCUGCUAUUUAUUUAAUAAAUCGAAUUAUUUAAAAUCACAGAAAUUUUGAAACUUCUCGAGCCGACCGGAAUGUGGUAUGAGUGGCAAAGCGAAGGCUGUAUGUAAGGAAAUGUGCAUAAAUUACGUUACGAGUGAGAGGGGUAAAAUUUAACUUUCAAUAAAUUUGUCCACCGGG